AUGGUCGCCGCUACAUCAGACAAUAUUGAACAAGUCAAGGUCUUUGGGCUGAUCCCCUUCGGAGGAGGUGGGAUCUUCAUCUCCGUGCCAUUGGCAGCUUCACUUGUGAAGGAUGAAGUGUGGAAUAAGUGCAUGGAGACCGAACAUAACCAAGGAGAUGGAAUUGUCAACGAGUGCCUCAACGCCCAUUCUGCUACUCGACCUUCAUUCGAUCCAGGCCUCAACCAGAUGGAUCUGGGCGGCGAUCCUUCAGGAUACUUCGAGUCCGGCAGAAGGAUGCUCACAGUUCACCACUGGAAGACUUGGUUUCAUGUAGAUGUUCCAAUGGCUGGGAAUGUCUCCAAGGCUUGUGGCUUCGAAUGCGUCUUUCAACGAUUCCGAUUCGACGACGAUCUUGUGCUCAGCAACGGCUAUAGCAUCGCGGAAUAUCCUGGUGGGAUCGAAGAUGAUGAUGGCAGUGUACUAGUCGAUCUGGAUCAAGUGGAAAUGACCUGGGCAGGAUUGAAGUCCAACUACGAGCACCACAUCGGUCCUCUGCGUCAACCCUUGGAGAAGCAUGAGAAGAAACAAAUGCUUUUGGUUGAGGCAACGAUUCUUCCAGGCAAAGGAGUGCGACAAACAUACGUCGAGAACGUCGAUACUUCGGACAACGAUGACAGCGAGUCCCCGCUGGAUAGAGUGGUGGAGUUAAUAUGGCUGUUCGGGAAUUGA